GACUUGAAAUUCUUUUGGAUGCUUCAACAAGAUCGUCAUGGCUUUCAGCAAAGUUUUGCUCAUCUUUUUGUUGGUUUCAUUAGUUUUUGGUCCAGAAGCAUAUGGAACAGGGGCGACGACAAAGGGUCUUGGACUGGAGAAAGGUACUCAGACGCCCAGCAGCAAUCCAGUCAAGACCUUCAAGACAAACGAUGGGGAUACAAUUGAUUGCUUUCAAAUAUACAGCCAGCCCUCUCUACAACACGCUUCGCUUAAAGACCAUGUCGUCCAAAUGCAACCAACUUCAUACCCAAAUUCAGGGACAAAUUCUACUAACUCAUCAUCUGGACAGAGUCUGCAGUGGAACAAGGGAGGGGAGCACUGUCCAGAAUGGUCUGUCCCUGUUUCAAGGAAUGUAAACCACAGCCUUGAACAUGUUGCACCCCUGUCAGCUACCCAGAGUGCUACUUCUGGGUUGGACAGCGUUGGAAUGACAGGCAAAUUUCACCAUGAGUUUGCUCUUCUGAAGACUGAUUAUCCUCCUGAUUAUGGAUUUUUCGGCGCAUCUGCAAGAAUAAAUGUCUGGAAUCCACUUACUCGUGAAAAAGAAUUUAGCAGUGCGUCCAUAACACUCUUGGCGGGCACAGAGUACAUCUCCGCUGGAUGGAUAGUCUACAAACAAUUAUUUGGGGAUUCCAGUACAAGGCUGUUUACUUUCUGGAAGGGGACUGACAGGCAGUGUUACAACUAUAGUCCAGAUUGCCCAGGAUUUGUGCAUGUAAACCAUCAAGUUGGCCUCGGUGUCAAAAUACAACCGCUUUCAAUCCCUGAUGGCCAACAAUAUGGAAUCGAUGUUAUGAUAUUCAAGGAUACAAAAACACAUGAUUGGUGGUUUCGCUUCCAAGGCAAAGAUGUUGGAUACUGGCCUAGCUCUCUUUUCACCAGCUUGAGUAGCUGGGCUACCUCAGUUCAGUAUGGUGGGGAGAUCACAGACGAAAAGUUUGAGGGAUUCCACACCACCACUCGAAUGGGAAGCGGCGACUUUGCAGGGUGGGGAUAUGGCAAGGCAGCCUACAUCUCCAACAUUGCAUAUGUAAAUGGUGACAAUGAUAUCAAGACCCCUCAGCACUAUAGACCAGUAAUAACUGACAGUGGCUGCUACAGCUUGGAUAUAUCUGACAGAGGCAAUCUGGGGCUCCACAUAUUCUUUGGUGGCCCUGGCAAUUCUGCAGAGAAAUGCCCACAUUGACAGCAGUCACAUAAAUGGAGAAUAUGAGGAUAACUUGCCCUUCCUCCUGCUGCAUCUUGGCCAUGAAUCAUCUUUAAACGACUGCCUAAUAUGUGGAACCAAAUUUCGUUCAGCAUUUGGAACUUUAUCAAGAGUCGAUUCUCCAAUAUGUCAUGUUGGUGUUUAAGAUGUAAGAUCAGGAAAAACUAGAAGCAUGGAUUUUUGCUGAGGUGUUGCCGUUAUACUACAAGGUUGGGAG